CGAGAGCUCCUCUCUUCCCCUUUUCCAGCGGGUGUCUGCGCGGCUGCCAUGUUGGUUGCUAUGCUGCUGCCUGUCUGAGGGCAGGCGGGAGGAAAGGGAGGCUGGCUCUGGGGAGGGGAGAACGACGGAGGCGGCAGCCAGUUCUUAUCCCCUUCGCCUCCUUCAGAGCAGAGCCGGGCAGAGUCCUGCUGUUUAGCGACCUUCUGUUCCGCCCCCCCGCCUCAGGAGGGAGACUUGUCUGGGGUGGUGGUGUGAGGGGGGGCACCUUCCCCUCCCAUAGAGGGGCGAGUGCUGUAAUCCGUUUCCCCCUCUCCUCCUCUGACUCCCCCGUGGUUGGGGAGGGGGGGAGGGGAUGGUUGCGCUGCCUUCCCCUUCUUCUCCUUCCAUCUGCCUUGCCAUCCUUGCCGUUCUGUCUUCAGGAGGAAUGUGGGGGGGCACCGAGCUGAGAGUGGGGCGAUCAUUACUACUACCACGGCUGCCGGCGACCCCCCAUUAUUUUUGCCUACUGUUCCUGAGGCGCACAAGAACUAAAUUGAACUGAGCUUGAUCUUCGGGUUUUGAACGGAACCUAUAUUUUUUCGAGGGGGGGAGACCCCCCCAUCUCCACUUUACCUGUCGGAUUUUCUUAUCCCGCACCCACCCACCCCCAGAGGUUCUGGUUGUUGAUCCCAUUAACAUUCUGUGGAAGGACAUAGUUGUUAUAUGAAGACUCGGUGUGGACAGUAAUGACCGCACGUUUCCGAUUGCCUGCUGGCAGAACCUACAAUGUACGAGCUUCUGAGCUGGCACGAGAUAGACAGCAUACAGAGGUGGUCUGCAAUAUUCUUCUUCUGGAUAAUACCAUACAAACAUUCAGAGUUAAUAAACAUGAUCAGGGACAAGUGCUCUUGGAUAUAGUUUUCAGGCAUCUUGAUCUGACUGAGAAGGACUAUUUUGGAUUACAGUUGGCUGAUGAUUCUACUGAUAACCCGAGGUGGCUGGAUCCAAACAAGCCAAUCAGGAAACAGUUAAAGAGAGGAUCUCCUCACAGUUUGAACUUCAGAGUCAAAUUUUUUGUAAGCGAUCCUAGUAAGCUUCAAGAAGAAUACACACGGUACCAGUAUUUUUUGCAAAUUAAACAAGACAUUCUUACUGGAAGAUUACCCUGCCCUUAUAAUACUGCUGCACUCUUGGCUUCCUAUGCUGUUCAGUCUGAACUGGGAGACUACAACCUUUCAGAGAAUUUCCCAGGUUACCUCUCAGACUACUCCUUUAUUCCUGGCCAGCCUCAAGAUUUUGAAAAAGAAGUAUCCAAACUACAUCAGCAGCAUAUAGGUUUGUCUCCAGCUGAAGCAGAAUUCAGUUAUCUCAGUACAGCCCGAACCUUAGAACUCUAUGGAGUUGAAUUGCACUACGCAAGGGAUCAAAGUAACAAUGAAAUUAUGAUUGGAGUUAUGUCAGGAGGCAUACUAAUUUAUAAGAACAGGGUACGGAUUAACAUCUUUCCAUGGUUGAAGAUUGUAAAAAUUUCUUUUAAGUGCAAACAGUUUUUUAUUCAGCUUAGAAAAGAAUUGCAUGAAACUAGAGAAACAUUACUAGGAUUCAACAUGGUGAAUUAUCGAGCCUGUAAGAAUUUAUGGAAAGCUUGUGUCGAACACCACACCUUUUUCCGGUUAGACAGACCACUGCCACCUCAGAAGAAUUUUUUUGCACAUUAUUUUACUUUGGGGUCAAAGUUCCGGUACUGUGGGAGAACUGAGGUCCAGUCUGUACAGUAUGGUAAAGAAAAAGCUAAUAAGGACAGGGUAUUUGCCAGAUCCCCAAGUAAACCUCUGGCUCGCAAACUGAUAAGUGGGAUGGACUGGGAGGUUGUCAGCAGGAAUUCACUGACUGAUGACCGGUUAGAAACACAAAGCUUACCAUCACGUUCUCCACCUGGAACACCUAAUCAUCGCAUUUCUACAUUUACUCAAGAGGGAAAUCGUUUACGGCCAUCUUCAGUUGGACAUCUAGUGGACCACAUGGUUCAUACUUCGCCAAGUGAGGUUUUUGCAAAUCAUCGAUCUCCUUCUUCCACACAGGCCAACAGCAUCAUUCUGGAAUCAUCGCCUUCUCAAGAGACUCCUGUAGAUGGGCAACCGCCUGCACUGCCACCUAAACAGUCUAAAAAGAACAGUUGGAACCAGAUUCAUUAUUCACACUCUCAACCGGAUUUGGAUAACCAUAUAAAUGAAACAUAUGAUGAUGAAUCUUCCUCAUCUCCUGAAAAGUCCUUGCCCAAUGGCGGGAUUCCCCAUGACAAUCUGGUUCUAAUCAGAAUGAGACCAGAUGAAAAUGGAAGAUUUGGUUUCAAUGUUAAGGGUGGGUAUGACCAGAAGAUGCCAGUUAUAGUGUCCAGAGUGGCUCCAGGAACACCUGCAGAUACUUGUGUCCCUCGUUUGAAUGAAGGAGACCAGGUUGUACUGAUCAAUGGCAGGGAUAUAUCAGAACAUACCCAUGAUCAAGUUGUCAUGUUUAUUAAAGCAAGUUGUGAGCGACACUCAGGAGAACUUGUACUCUUAGUUCGACCCAAUGCUGUUUAUGAUGUGGUGGAAGAGAAGCUGGAAACUGAGCCAGACUUUCAGUACAUCCCUGAGAAGUCUCCACUUGAUGGAAUCCACCAAGAUGAUAAUGCACUGAGGGAAUCAAUGUUUCAGCUGGCAGAGGGGCUCAUCACUGGAACUGUUCUUGCUCAGUUUGAUCAACUCUAUAGGAAGAAGCCUGGGAUGACAAUGUCUUGUGCCAAAUUACCUCAAAACCUUUCCAAAAAUAGAUAUAGAGACAUUUCGCCUUAUGAUGCUACACGGGUCAUAUUAAAGAGUAAUGAUGAUUACAUCAAUGCGAAUUAUAUAAACAUGGAAAUCCCUUCUUCCAGCAUAAUAAAUAAAUACAUUGCUUGCCAAGGUCCUUUACCCAACACUUGUCCUGAUUUUUGGCAGAUGACGUGGGAGCAAGGUUCUUCUAUGGUGGUUAUGUUAACCACUCAAGUGGAACGAGGCAGAGUAAAAUGCCAUCAGUACUGGCCAGAGCCUGGUGGAAGCUCCUUAUAUGGGAAUUUCCAGAUCACUUGCCAUUCAGAAGAAGGAAAUCCUGCUUAUGUCUUCAGAGAGAUGACAUUAUCUAACCUGGAGAAAAAUGAAAGUCGUCAGCUCACUCAAAUCCAGUAUAUCGCAUGGCCUGAUCAUGGGGUUCCUGAUGAUUCCAGUGAUUUCCUGGAUUUUGUAUGUCUUGUCCGGAAAAAAAGAGCUGGCAGAGAAGAACCAAUUAUUGUUCACUGCAGUGCUGGAAUUGGACGAACGGGAGUUCUUAUCACUAUGGAAACAGCUAUGUGUCUUAUUGAGUGUAAUCAGCCAGUAUAUCCCUUGGAUAUUGUAAGAACGAUGAGGGAUCAAAGGGCCAUGAUGAUCCAAACUCCUAGUCAAUACAGAUUUGUUUGUGAAGCUAUUUUGAAAGUGUACGAAGAAGAGCUUGUUAGACCUUUAAAGACAUCACUGCAGUAAUAGAAAGCAAAAGAUACCUUUCAGAAGAAUCCAUGUAAGACACUGGCUGCAUUCGUCAUGCCAUAACUCUGCUUGCAAGAAAUGGUGUCUGAAAAACAAUGAAGAACUGAAAAAGACUUGGAAAAACUUCAGCACUAUUGCACUUUAUGUUGAAACUGAAAACCGGUCUCUAAAACACAAUGAUUUUUCUGUGUUGGAAGACUCUCAGUGCAUUGCUUCGACAAACCACAGACUGAAUGGACUAUGUGCAUUUUGGAUAGCUUUCCAGACUUCAUUGUAGUGCCAUAUAGUCCCUUUUGUUUGAACUCCAUCAAAAAAGGGGGGAAAAAGGCUUGGAACACUUUCACUUCAUCUGACACUUCUCUUUCUAAAGCAACAACAAUACAUACAAAGCCAUUUCUUCCUGUGCUACAUUUAACUUGCUGUUAAGGUUCUCACUGUCUCUCUUAUUUUGGUGAAAUAUUAGCAAUAUUACUGCUACUAGACACACUGCCUACUGAAGCAACAUAGUUUUGCCCUAUGCCCUUCUAAAGUUUAAUCUGCAUAGUAAUGAAAAACUGCAGUCUGUUCUAACCCAACAGUAAAGGCCCAUUUAACCUGCAGCUUGUUUAGGGUGGGGUAGGAAAGAGGUUAAUUUCAACCGGUAGCUAUGUUUCUCAGCAUGUUGUAACAUUGGUGUGUUGUGUUCUGAAACAUCUGGUCACAUUUCCUAAUGGAAAGGAUGCAUGUAUUUUGUCUUAACCCCUUCAGUGCCUUGAGAUGUAAGGUAUUGGCCCUAAAGGGAAAGUUUCAUCAUUGUUACAUUUCAGUGGGUUCCCAUUUUAAAGCAUGGCCCUUGGUGCUUAGAAUGUGGUAUUGUGCACAGGCACAGCCAUACCAUUCCUUCUCUUUCUUUAAGUACCUGCAUGCUACUGUGGGUAGCGAAAGCACCCCAGCCUAUUAAAUACGUAAUUAUUGUUUACUCUGUGAAAUGAAGUAAAAAAAUCUGACACAUUCCUUUUGAUUGGUAAAAUGUAAGCAACACUUAUGAAAAGUCAGUAUAUAAUGUUCUAGAAUUUGUUCCUCCAUUUUACUGGUACAUUGAGAAAAAGAGUUAUAGCUUGAAUAGAAUAAAACUUUUUAAUAACACUGAUCCUCCACAUUAAACCUGUAAAGUCAAAGUAAGCCUUCCCAAACACAUUUGUUUUCUUUGAGUCUACAUUUGUUGUUUUUCAGAUUAGAUUUGUAUUCGGCUAUGUUUUUAAAAGCAAAAAAAGGGGGGAAUAUCCAUAACUUUGUCCACAAAAUACGUCAUUUUUCCAUGCGUUCUUUAGGGUCUUAGUGAUGCUUUGUGCAGUGAAACUGGUUGUGUAUUUCCUUUUAAGUCACUAAUUCGUAUACAAUUGGAAAGUGUUCAUUCAUAUAGUAUCUGAGUUCAUUCUAGGGUCAGGUACAGAUUUUUCUCUUCUAUUCAAAAUAUACUUCUAGGACAGUUAAAGCCACUUUGCUGGUAAGUUUGCCCAGAUUCUAGCACAAUAAGUUUGAGAGCUGUUUUUUUUCUUUCUGAAAACAUAAUCUGCCCUGCCCUGUGACUAAAAGUUUUGAUUAAUGACCCAGUUGUGUUUUUUAAACAAGACACCUAAAGUAUAGAAUGAAAAUACAGAAUGUUUUAAGAUGUGUUUUUAAACUAUAAUAUUCAUAUAUAAUGGGCUGCAGGUAAUGAGGCUGGAGGAUGGCUUUGUUCAUGCUAGCAGAAGCAUCGGUAUUCUGAGUGGAGUUGACUACUUCUAUUUGCAUGCUUCCACAGACAGUAAGAGUUUAUAAAUUAAGAGAGAAUGACCAAGAUCUUGUUCUGUACUGCUACACAAAAUGCAUAACUUUCAGAGGCAAAUUGUCUCAAAGCAAGAAAACUCAUUAGACAUGCUCUGUUGCAUACUGAGUUGUGCAAUAGAUGUUUACAGAGAUUUCUUAAUUUACAGCAAUUCGCCCCCCCCCCAAAGUUAUGCUUUUUGUGUAGCAGUAGAACAGGAUUUCAGCCAACAUGUGAGUGAUUUUGUCCAUUUUUGAAAUAACAAAUAUUUGUCUACUAUUCUGCCAGCAGGAGAUCUGCUCUCAUACACAUGAAUGGAAAUAACCUUUAUUGAAAGACUAGAUCCAAAUCUUGUUAUAUACAAUUUAUUCACAGUGAGCUUAAAUUAUUUGGUGCACAGCUAUGAUGGCCCCAUAUCCUGAUGCCAAAUAAAAUAGCAAAUAGAAAAGAUUUAGAUAUUUUAAAAAACCUUAUUGGCAGACGUGUUUGACUUAUUUACAAAGCAAACCUAGUAAUCUGGAUUUUAUGAUGUUAAAAUUUAAUAUAACUUCUUGUUUGGGUAGGGGUAAAAAUGAAUACCACUUCUUGCCGGUGAUUCCUUUUACACAGUUGUGAUAAGAUGGCAUUAGCUAGAAUGAGCUCCUUAAAAAUCCCAUUCUUAACUGAGCAGUUGUCCUAUCUGUAAGGAAUAUAGUGUAUGGGGAUAUAUGUGUCCACAUAGUGGAACAAUUUCUGAUGUGCUCAUAUUUUUGACAGCUUUUUGAAGGCGAUGGUUGGAUCAAGUGUUAUUCUGUAUGAAGUAAUAACUGUGAAUCCACUGGCUGUUCCAAGUCUGAUGCUAUUUAGCAGAAAUGACAAGUUGUAAUAUAUUUUCAAUAUGCUUAGAGCAGUUCACGUGGCCAGAUAAUCCAAAUAUGAUGACCAAUUAAGGCAGAAUCUUAUUGCUGCCUUGUGCAAUGUUAACACUCCGCUGAUGGAGUUCUCUGUAAUCUCCAGCUUGGCAUUGCUCAAGCUAGAGAUUGGUCCAUUGAAAUCAGUAGGGCUGAGGCUUGCGAAAGGGGUAUUGGAUCCCUCCUUGCACAAGCUGAUUGAAAAGUUAUACCACCCAUACAAUGGACAAAGAGGAUUCUGUCUUGAUAAUUUUGCUGUGCAGUCAUCUAAGCCAUCCUUGGAUAUCAGUGGAUAUAAGCAAUAUAAGCAAUGUCUAGCCACUUUGAUGAAAAAUCUGCAAUGGUAAUUUUUACCAACCAGUCAGAAUGACAAGUAGGAAAGGAAAAAAGGCCAACAUACUUCUUACUUGUGGUUUGUUUUAAGACGCUUGCUUCAGAAAACAGUACUUGGGAAGUUUUUAUCCAUGGGAU